GCUGACUUCAAUGGUUUUACCUGUCCAGCCGGUUCCUUCGAGAUUGAGUCCUGUUCUUUUUGAGCUGCCGCUCAACACGGGCAUCUUCUCUGACAGAAUAUCCUCUGCGUGUUGAGUAUCCCCCCCAGCCUCGUCAGGAGAGGAAGUAGAGAGAGGAGGAGCCUCCACGAUCACGGCCUUUAACCCCGCCUGCUUCGCAGCUUCGACCAGCACAGCGGCCGUACCAUUGACGCCCUGAACACUCCACUCGCUCGUAUGCCGAUGUGACCCCAGGAAUCCGUACACCAGGAGCAAAGGAGUUGUGUGGUUUGCUCCGGAUGACGACGACCUAGGCGCGGCCGUGCUUGUGGGAGGUGCCGAAACAGCUGUCGUGUCCUGAAGGGUGAAAACGGAGAGAAAAGCGCGGAGGUGUGACACGGUUGGUAUGAAUACUGUCCGUAUGUGCCGUGUGACUGCCAGCUGGUACAACGGGGGCGGAGUUAAGAGACUAAGCGCUGAUGCUGUGUGGUUUGGGGGGGAAGAUGGUUGGUAGGGAGCUUGACCGAGAUGGUCUGGGCCGGCGUCUGUGUCAGGAUCUGCUGUGGCUUCCGACUGCCGCUGGUGGUGUUGUUGGGUUUGUAACUCCUGUGUGAGAGUGGAAAGGAACUCGGCACGAUCGCUGCAGAUGAGGAGGGUUGUUGGGUAGGUGCAGUGGUGGAUUAUGUAGUGGAUCAAGGUUGAUGGCAGGGCGGGGGACAGAAAGAGGGGAUCCAUCUAGAUAGAUGAGAGGAUCAAUGCCGUGUGGUGUGAGAGAAGGCCUCCAGAUGCGUCCUCCUGAGACAGGUCGUCGAUCGGAGUGAUGGCGAAGUGGGCUCAUGAGUGGACCGAGCCGUCACCGGGACGUGCUGCCGUCAAGGCGAAUGCCCCGCUAAGGUCAACGGGUGUUGGAGUGUUUAGCUGCAUAGCGCCCUUUACCCCACCAAACGCCGCGACAGUUGGCCCCAGCUCCACGGUUCCAGGUUCCCAAGCAGCAAGGUGGACAGGGGAGCACGUCACUUGCCCAAGGCCACUGUCUACACCACAGUGCCUAGGUGUGCGACAAUCACCAACUGCGUCUGGUCUGGUCUUGGGAAAAGAGGAACCGUAGCGCCGAACAGACAUAAUGGAGUCGAUAGCUCGUAUAUCGAGCUUGCUCGAGAAUGCUCGAGAGCUCACCCUCGAUGCCGCCUCAGCCGCCAGAGGCUCGAGAAGCUCCUUCAAGCCGCUCGAACGUAGCCAAGUGCAGAAACUCCUCGACAGCCGCAAUGAUCGUGAAGUACUUGAGGGGUUACGGCGUGUCAUCGCUAUGAUGUACAAGGCGCUAAAAACCCUCCCCCUAUUCUCCUCCGUCGUCAAGAAUGUCGCGUCACCAAACCUCGAAAUUAAGAAGCUCGUCUACAUCUACCUAAUACAUCAUGCCGAGCAAGAACCCGACCUAGCCCUUCUCUCCAUCAACACGAUCCAAAAGUCCCUAUCCGAUACAAACCCCCAAGUUCGAGCCCUCGCACUACGAACCAUGUCUGGAAUACGAGUGCCAGUCAUCAGUCAAAUUGUGUCUCUGGCCAUCCGAAAGGGCGCUGGCGAUAUGAGCCCAUAUGUUCGGCGCGCUGCUGCGCUCGCCAUCCCCAAGUGCUAUCGCCUCGACCCCUCGCAACUACCGCAACUAUUGGAAUACAUGACGAUACUGUUGGGGGACAAGCAAUACUACGUGGCAGGCGCUGCGGUCACGGCAUUCCUGGAAGUUUGCCCGGAAAGGAUAGACUUGAUUCACAAGAACUACCGAAACUUGGUCAAAAUGGUAGUCGACAUGGACGAAUGGAGCCAGCUAUCAACCCUGCGUCUGAUGACUGUCUAUGCCCGCAAAUGCUUUCCAAGGAGGGCUAGAGUGGAAGCUGGGGAGGAAGUCGUGUUCCUUGACGCCGACCUGGAGCUCCUUCUUACCAGUAUCAAGCCUCUUUUGCAGUCACGCAACUCUGGCGUGGUGGUGGCCGUCGCACGGUGUUACUCUGCCGUUGGGACCGCUGCUUAUGUCCGGCAAGCUGUUGGGCCCCUGGUUGCACUUCUCCGAGGUGGACAGGAUAUUCAACAGGUUGCCUUGUUCAAUAUAGUGUCGAUCUGUCUCGACUAUCCAGCCGCCUUUGUCAAGUACGCGACACACUUUCUCGUCCGCGCAACCGACAGCCAACCAAUAUGGGAGUUGAAGCUUGAGGUCCUGACCCUCAUCUUUCCUCAUUCACCACCACAUAUCAAGUCACUCAUCCUCAACGAACUCGAGCACUUCAGCCGUGGCUCUGACAAGGGUCUCGUCAAGGAAGCCGUCCGAGCCAUCGGCCGCUGCGCACAGACAGACACAGCCACCGCACCUCGAUGCCUUCGCCUUCUUCUCGGACAAAUUACUUCUCUCGAUGGGACCCUCGCAGCAGAGUCACUCACGGUAAUCCGCCAUCUCAUUCAGCAAGACCCCAGUUCCCACGUCGCGACUGUUGUUCGGUUAGCCAAGAACCUCGACAGCGCCACAGACCCCCAGGCCCGUGCGACCAUUAUCUGGCUCGUCGGUGAAUUCUCUGGUUUGAACGGAGAGGACAACAUUGCAGCAGACGUGCUGCGCAUUCUUCUCAAAGAAUUCGCAUCAGAAUCCGAGCUGGCAAAGAGGCAAAUUGUUCUCCUCGCCGCCAAAGUCUACCUCCACUACCUCAACCGCAAACUCGAAGCCCAGAAAGAGGCUGCCUCGGGCGAUAACGAAGCCCAAACGCCACCCGCCGCCCCGGACCAAGAAGACGACGACCAUCCAAUCCCCAAACUAUGGAACUACGUCACCGUACUCGCCCGCUACGACACCUCCUAUGACCUCCGCGAUAGGACUCGCCUGUACAAAAGCCUGCUCCAAGUCCCACAGCUAGCAACCCUCAUGCUCCUCGCUCCUAAACCCGCUCCCCAAGCCCCGUCUCCCUCCGAAACCCGCAAGGGCUUCACCCUCGGCUCGGCAGCUCUUGUCCUCGCUGGAGGGGGAACUAUUCAUGGGUUAAGGGGCUACGAAGACCUGCCCGAGUGGGUGGAAAAGGGGCAGGAGCCAGAUGCAAAGUUGAGGGAUAGAGAAGGCGAUAACAGGCAGGAUGAUGGCAAGUAUGGAGUUUAUGACCGGAGGAACAAGGCGGGCAGUGUGCCGAUUCCGGCGGCGGAAAGGAUUAUUGAUGCGGGACAGGGGAGGUCGGCUUCCAUGUCGGGGAGUGCCAGUCCGGCUGGGUCGUUCGGGGCGAAGAGUGCUGCUAAUGGGGUGGGUGCUAAGACUUUGGAUGAUUGGUUGGCUGAGGAUGAGGGAGGGGAGCAAGAGGAGGAGGAAGAGGAGAGUGAAGAGGGGGAGGGGGAGGAGGAAGAAGAGGAAGAGGAAGAGGAAAGUGAAGAAGAGGAUGAGUCGGAGGAAGAAAGCAGUGAAGAGGAGGAGAGUGAUGAGGAUGCUAGACUUGUACGGCCUUCGUAGAAGGUCAUGAUUGGUCAAGUUGGAAUAGGCAAGUUCAAAAGUUUGAGCAUAGCGCUGAUGAUAGAGACGGCAUCUUUACACAUGGAUGAUCACGAGGGGAA